AUGCCUCAAGGGCUGUUCGCUCCAGGCGGUUCAGCCAAGGACAAGUCGCCACGUGGCAAGGCACACGCACACGCACACCUGCCAGUGCCGCUCACUGCUGCUCUCACUGCCACGAGCUAUCGGCGUGCUGGCAGGCAGGGCAACCAGCUGGUGCGGGACUCCAAGGCUGCCAUGCGCACUGCUGCCGGGGCUCGAGUGCGCUACAGCCUUCAAAAUGCGCGCUACAGGCGGCAGAAGCAGCAGCAGCAGCUGUGCCAGUACUUCACUCGGCUGGGGCAGUGCAGCAAGAAGGAUUGCCGUUUCCUGCACGAUGCGAGCAAAGUGGCGUUAUGUGUGCGGUUUAUAAGGGGGAUGGAGUGUGACGAGUCUAGAUGCAAGCUCACACACAAGAUCAUCCCAGAGCGUAUGCCCGAUUGCACCUUCUUUUCCAAGGGCACCUGCAGCAACAAGCCAUGCGUGUAUCGCCAUGUGAAGCUCCCAGCAGGCACCCCCCCGUGCGCUCAGCUCACCCAAGCACACCGCCAUUGGCUCCCCCCUUCUCCCUCCCUUCCCCCACCAGGCACAUGCAGCAACAAGCCAUGCGUGUAUCGCCAUGUGAAGCUCCCAGCAGGCACCCCCGUGUGCCCCGCUUUUCUCAGGGGAUACUGCGAGAAAGGGCUUGCGUGCACACAGCAGCACACGUAUGAGUGUCCCGAGUUUGCUUCUAAAGGGGAUUGCGCAGCAGGGAAGAAGUGCAGGCUUUGGCACAGGAAGAAGGCAGAGGAGGGGAGUGGCAAGGGGGGGGGUAAGAAGAGGAAGAAAAGAUACUGGGAAGAGGAAGAGGGGGAAGAGGAGGAGGAGGUGGAGGGGGAGGACGAAGCAGGUGGCAAGAAGAAAAGAGUGAAGCUGGGGGGAAAAGAGGGGGAGGAAAGCGAGGUGAGCGAGGGGAGUGAGGGGAGUGAGGGGGAGGGGGAGAAAGGGGGGAGGAGGAAGGGGAAGGGAGGGAAGAAGAGGAGUGUUGGGAAGAGGAGAGGUAAAAACGUUUUGAAGUUUUUUGGUGGUGAUAGUGAGGAGAGUGAGGAGGGGAGCGAGGAAGGGAGUGAGGAAGGGAGUGAGGAAGGGAGUGAGGAGGAGAGGGAGGAGGGGAGUGAAGAGGAGAGGGAGGAGGAGAGUGAGAAGGAGAGUGAGGAGGAGAGAGGGGUGGAGAAUGAGGAGAUGGAAGUGGAUGGUGUGGAGGAAGGAAAGAAGCAGAAGAGCAGAGGAAAAAACAUUUUGAAGCUGUUUGGUGGUGAUAGUGAGGAGGAGGGGGAGGAGGAGAGUGAGGAGGAGAGGGAGGAGGAGGGGGAGGAGGAAGGGGAGGAGGAAGGGGAGGAGGAGAGGGAGGAGGAGAGGGAGAAGGAAAGGGAUGAGGAGGAGGAGGAGAGGGAAGAGGAAGAAAAUAAGAGCAAGGGUGGGAAACGUAGAGCGAAAAGUUUGUUAAAGUUGUUUGGUGGGGAUAGUGACGAGGAGGAGGAAGAGGAGAGUGAGAAGGAGGGUGAGGGGAGUGAGAAGGAGAGUGAUGGGAGUGAGAAGGAGAGUGAAGAGAGUGAGAAGGAGAGCGAGGAUGAGUAUCAACCGGAGAAUGAAGAGGAGAGUGAGGAGUGGGAUGGUGGGGAGGGGGAGGAGACGGAAGUGGGGAUUGAGGAGGCGAACGGAGAGAGGAGUGGGGAGGAUAACGAAGAGAGGAGUGGGGAGGAGAAUGAAGAAGAGAGUGAGGAGGAAAAAGAAAGCAAGGGUGUGAAGAGCAGUCGAAGAACUGCUUUGAAGGUCAUUGGUGGGGAUAGCGAGGAAGAGGAUGAAGAGGAGAGAGAAGAGAAGAGGGUAGAGGAGAGGGAGGAGCAUGAGAGGAAGGAAACGGAGGAGGAAAGGGAAGGGGACGAGGAGCGAGAGGGGAGUGAGGAGGAAGGGGAAGAGAGGGUGGAGGAGCGUGAGGGGGACGGGGGAGGAGAGAAGGAAGAGGAGAGGGAAGAGAGGAGGGGUGGAGAGCGAGGAAAGAAGGGAAAAGGGAAUAAAGGGAUGAAGAAAGGUAAGCAGGUGGAGAGGACGGAUGAAGAGAAUGAGGAGGUAUGGGAGGAGGAGAGGGGUGUAGUGGGAGGGAAGAAGGGAAGAAGGUUGAGAUUGAUGAAAGGAGGGAAGAAGGUGGAGAUAAGAAGUGAGGAUAGUGAGGGGGAAUGGGAGGAGGCACAAGAUGAGGCUGGCUGGGAGAGGGAUGCAGAAGGAGAAAAGAAGGGAAGAAUGUUGAGAUUGAUGAAGGGAGGGAAAAAGGUGGAGGUAAGAAGUGAGGAGAGUGAGGAGGAAGGGGAGGAGGCAUGGGUGGAGAGGGGUGGAGUGGGUGGGAAGAAGGGAAAAGGGAAUAAAAAGGCGAAGAGAGGAGGAAAGGUGAAGAGAGGAGAAAAGGUGAAGAGGACGGGUGAAGAUAGUGAGGAGGAAAGGGAAGAGGAAACGAACGAGGGGAGGGAUGGAGAAAAGGAGAAAAGGGGGAGAAAGAAGAAAGGGAAGAAUGGAGGUGAAAAGCUGGAAACGAGGGGCGAGACGACCGAGGAGGAAGGGGAGGAGGUCGAGGAGGCAUGGGAAGAGGUGGGCGGUGGGGAGGAAGGGAAAAGGGGAAGGCAGAGAAACGGGAGAAAGAAAGGUAAAGGGGUGGAGAGGAAGGAUGAGGAGAUUGAUGAGGAGAGGGAGGAGGAGAGGGAGGAGGAGACGGGUGGAGAGAGAAAGAAGAAGGGAAGUGAGAGUAAAAAGAUGAAGAAAGGACGAAAGGGGAGUAGGAGAGGUGGGGAUGGUGAUCAGGAGAGGGAGGAGGAUAGGGAGGAGGAAAAGGAGGAGGAACGCGAGGACGAAAGGGAGGAGGAUGAAAAGGAGGUGAGGGAGGAGGUGACGGUUAAGUUGCAAGAGAAGAAGGGGAAUAGAGAUAAGCGGGUGAAGAAAGGAAAGAAUGUGGUGUUUGUAGGUGGGGAGAGUGAGGAGGAAAGGGAAUUGGAGAUGGGUGAAGAGAAGGGGAAGAAGGGAAGUAAUAAGAGAGGGAUGAAGAAGGGAAAGAAGGUGGAAAGGAAUGGUGUAGAGAGUGAGGAGGAAGAGGAGGGGAUGGAGGAGGUGGAGGAGGAGGAGGACAGGGAGGCAAGGGAUGAAAGGGGAAGGAAGAAGAAAGAAAAGAAGAUUGGGAAGAAGAAAGGUCAGAAGGUUGAGAGGGAGGAGGAGAGACGUGAGGAGGACAGGGAGGAGGAUAUGGCUGAAGAGGGAGGAAGGAAGAAAAGCAAGGAUAAAGGGAAGAAGAAAGGGAAAAGGGUCAAGCGAAGGCAUGAGGAGGAAAAGGAGGAAGGGGAGGAGGAGGAAAGGGAUGAAAGGGAAGAGGAAGGGAAGGAGGAUGGGGAGGCGGAGGAAAGGAAAGAAGGGGAGGAGGAAAGGGAGGAAGGUGAGGAGGAGGAAAAGGAAGAAGGAGAAGAGGACGAACGGGUAGAAGGGGUGGAGGAGGCAGAUCAGGAGAUGGAGGAACAACUUGAGGCGAGAGGGAGCGAAGAGAGCGAGAGAGAGGCGAGGAGAGAGGCGAGGAGGAGGCGGCGAGAGAAGAGAAAGGAGGAGAGGUUUGUCAUGGCAGCUGUGGCAGCGGCAGUGGCUGCUUCUGCUAAUGAUGCUGCUGCUACUGCUGCUGCUGCUGCUACUGCUGCUCGUGAUGGUGAUAUGGAGGUGCUUGUUGCUGCUCCCAUGUCGUCUGGUGUACACCCUGCCUCAUGCACACAGAAGGGCAAGGGUAAGAAGGGAAGGAAAGUUGCUCCUGAGCCUCAGCCAGAGCCUGAGAGUAGAAUUUCUGACACUCCUGCUGCUACUGCUGCUAUUGCUGCUGCCACUACAGGCUCAAGCCCCUUGCUUGCAGGCUCAAGCCCCUUGCUUGCAGAGCCGGGUCCUGCAGUAAAGGGCAAGGGUAAGGGUAAGAAAAAGAGGAGGGUGGCUUUUGAACCUGAAGUGUCGGUUCCUCCUCUUCCUCCUCUCCCUGCAGCAGCAGCUGCUGCUGCCCCAAGUCCCCCUGACUUGGAAGGAACGCCCUCUGAUGCCGAAGCAGCGCCUGCACCUAGAGGCAAAGGCAAGGGGAAGAAGCAGAAGAAGGUGAAGAAGGCUGCUGCGCUGCCUGCUGCCGAUGCUGAUGCUGCUGAUGAUGAUAAUGAUGAUGCGGAAACUCCUGCUGUUUCAAACUCCUUGGAUGCAGAAGCAGCCUCAGAACAGAAGAGCAAGGGUAAGAAGAGGAAGAGGAAGGCUGGUGACGAGUCUGAGCUUGAGAGUUCUGCUGCUGCUGCUGUUGCCGAUGGUGCUGCUGCUGAUACUCAAAGCCCCUGUGAUGUGGAGGUGGUUUCACCUGAGCCAAAGCGCAAGGGCAAGAAGAAGAAGAGGAAAGCUGGUGAUGAAUCUGGGCUUGAAAGUUCUGCUGCUGAUGUGGAGGUGGUUUCAGAAGCGCGAGAGGCGGAAGCAGAGGCAGCAGCCGAUGUGGAGGUGGUUUCAGAGGCGCCUAAGAGGAAGGGCAAGAAGAAGGGGAGGAAGGUUGCCGGCGGGCAGGCUGGCGGGCAGGCUGGCGGGCAGGCCGGCGGGCAGGCUGGCGGGCAGGCUGGCGGGCAGGCUGGCGGGCAGGUUGCUCAGGGCGCUCGACCCAAGAAGAAAUCUUUCAUAGACUUUGUGAGGAGGCUGAAAGUGGCAAAGGGGGGCGAGGGGAUGGGGAGCGGGGGAGUGGGGGGCGAUGGCGCAGAGGCUGGAGCAGAGGCGGAGGGGGGUGGAGAGGGGAAAGGUGGGGAGGUGGGGGAUGGUGGGGGGGGAGAUGGGGAGAUAAGGGGUCAUGGGACGGGGAUUGGGGAGGACACAAAUGGGGUGAGUAAAUAUGGGGAGGUAAAGGAUGGGGGGGAAGGGGAUGGCACUAGUAGGGUGGUGAAAGGAGGGGAUGAUCCAUUAGGUGGUGGAGGCGGAUGUGGGGCAGGUAGACCUGGGGAAGGUACAUCUGUGGCGAAUGACAGUGUGGUGCUGCUGCAAAGCAGUGUGCAGGCCACCAAACCUCGCGUUGCGGGCCGGUACUUUGCAGAAGAGGAAGAGGACGAGGAGGCGAGAAAGAGGGCCGAACGUGAGGCUCGAUAUGAGGCGAGCAUGAUUGUGGAUGGGGUGGAUAUCUCCCAUCUGAGCCGCAAGGAGCGCAAGCGGAUAAGGUACAAGGCGCGGCGGCGGGAGAUGCGGCGGCAAGAGGAGAUGCGGCAAGCUGAGGAGUUGAGGCAGCAGGAGGAGGAAGUGAGGCGGAUAGAGGAGAUGAGGCGAUUAGAAGAGAUGCAGAAAGUAGAGACGACGAGGCGAGAUGCUGAGGUGGAGCAGAUGGAGGAGGCGGGUGAGAGUCUUUUUGAGGCGCCUAAAGAAGAGAUGCAGCAGCAAGAAGAGAAGAUGAGGCGGGAUGAUGAGGAGGAGGAGAUGGAGGAGGUGGCUGAGACGUGCAAACUGGUUGCCAGCGAACCAGCAGACACAGUAGCUCCUGAAGAUGCUUCCCUGGCUGCAUAUCUAUCAUCUUUGGAGGUAGCUGCUCGUCCCACUGCUGGUUCAUCUCUGGCCCCUCCUCCUCCUCCUCCUCCUCCUGCUCCUGCUCUUCUUCCCGCUCCUGCUCGUCCGCCUGCUGGGUCAUCGCAUGGAGCAAAUGGAGCCUUGCAAACUGCCUUUCCACAUGCGCCACCCUUCCCUCCACCUGCUGCUGUGCCUUCUAUGGUAGCACAUGCAGGAUGGGUGAUGAGGAGGAGUGAUGCUGUGCAUUGCCCUGCAGCAGCAGCAGCAGCAGCAGCAGCAGCAGCAGCAGCAGCAGCAGCAUCAGCAGCAGUUGCACCAAACACUUCUGCUGUUCAAGGGUCUGCUCCUAGAGAGCCCGCACCUGAUUAUCCUGCUCCUGUGCUGAAGCUGUUUUUCGGCGAGGGUGAUGAGUGA